UCAAAAAUGGAAGUUAUAUGUUAUUUAUGUUUACAUGUCAAAUUGUCAAUACUGUAUACUUUAUUAUCAAUCUUCUAAUGUAUUUUAUUAAAUUUAUUACUAUUAAAUAGAUCCUAGAAUGAUUAAAAAUCCCAACGUUUUCUCUUGUAUAAAAAUUAUAUAUAUUUUAGUCGAUCAUAGUACCUAGCAAAGCAAGCAAUAACGUACAUAGUAAUUAUUGAUGAGUAUUAGCUGAAGAUUGGCUUUAUCUCGGUUUCAACAUUUCUCUGUUUGAACUUUCAAUCGACCUUACUUUUUCAACAUGAGUGAGAUUCCCGUCUCAAAUGAUGGGGAAGCUACUCCGUUGGAAGCAAAUGCUGACAGAACUUUUGAAAGUGAACUGAAAACUGCAGCAUUAACUAGCAAAGUUUCUCCUCGAUUGCUCUGUGGGGUCACCAAUCAAAUAACCUUCAACAAAGGUGCUCUAGACUGGGGAUACCACGGUCUACUUGCAUUUGGAUCCAACUUCUCAGUCGUAACCACGGACACAAAUAAUGUUCAACCCAUCCAGUGUCUCACAAAGCAUAGGGCAAUUGUCAAUAAGGUUCUAUGGGCUCCGAAAAUUGAGAACUGCAACCUGGUGACUCUAGUAUCGUCGGAUACAGCUGGACAAAUCAUCCAUUGGAAUAUUGGCUCUGGAGAAUGUAUAGCCGUUUUUCAAGAUGGUACAAAGGGAAUUUUGGGCAUGGAAUGGGUGCCUUCUGCCGACGAGAGCUGCCUGCUGUUGGCAACACUGCACGCGCCCUACCACCUCGUCAUCUGGGAUGUGCUCAAGCAGACCAAGCUCUGGAAGAAGGGAUUCACAGAUACACUCAUAAGCUUCAGCUUCAAUCCCUUCGAUGGAACCCGCUUGGCAUUCUUGUGCCCUGACUGCAUUCUAUUCGUUGACGAUUUCAAUGCUUGCAAGAUACCGUCGACAAAUGGCAGAAAGUUCUACAUUUCGAGUCCAAGACUGACAGAUGGCGCCGAAGAUGUCACCAGAACUCGAGACCGACUCAAGAGACUCAUGAAAGGAUUGGUUGUUGCAGAGACUAAGCCUAGGCCAGAAGAUGCUAUGACAGUCUCUGAGUGCCUGCAGUUGGUCUAUCAUAAAUCGCAAAGAGACCACAUCCUUCUUCUGUAUCCAAGAGAUAUUCUCAUGGUCGACCUCCACAUCAACCAAACGGUUGGAGUGAUCAGUAUCGAAAAAGCGAUGUCUCCUCUAGUUCAGAUAAUAUCGACUCGUCAGCGGGAUGUGAUCUACUGUCUGCAUGAGUCGGGCAGUGUCAGCGUGAAAGUGAGGAGGAAAGGCGGACAUGCACCCUACCUAGCCUCGCCAAUGGAUACACCCACCGAAAGCCUCGCAAGUCUUGAUGCUGCUCCAAAUAGUUCAGAAACAUUCUUGGGAUAUGAGCAUAAAUGUCAAAGCGAAGUGAUAAGGCAGAUAAAAGGUUCUCGUGUGCUGGGCAUGACUUGUGACUUAUUAUCAGAAAGGAAUAUAGCUCUUCUUCUCAGUUCUGGCAAAUUGGUAUUCUUGGAGCUUGGAAAAAUUGGUGAAAGCAACGAGUUCACGUUGAACCAGCUGUUUGGGCCUUCCACCGAUGAAUUGACAGUUCUUCCGCCACUGAGAUUGCUGGUGACAGGUCUGAUGAGCAGUGUGGCAAGUCAGCCGACCACCAUCAAAAUGUGUCCGCCGUUGACCUCCAAGAACCGCCAUUUUUACAAGCCGCUAAUGGCCGCCGGAACCCAGUCGGGCCUCAUUCAGAUCUACAACAUGGCGUGGGCGUCCGUCGAGAAAGAGUUCUCUCUACAUGCUUACCCGGUCAGGGGCAUCGAGUGGAUAUCUCUCUCAUCAUUCAUCUCAUAUGCUUACUCCAGUUCAAAUUCCCAAGUGAAGAAUGAGAUGUUCAUUACAGAUGUUAAUACAGGCUACACCAAUCAGAUACGAAAAGAUCACGGCGAAGAAAAUCCUAUUGAAAUUGUGCGGGUCUCUCCAUUGAAGCAGUAUUUUGUGAUUGUUAUGAAGGAUGGACCAUUCGAGCUUUGGGAUUUGAAAACAUUGACACUCAUGCGAUCGAUGCCCAAAAAGUUUCCUCUAGUCACAGCUUUGGAGUGGUCGCCAGCACAUAAUUUCAAAUUGCUUAAAACUAAGAAGAAAUCAGUCUCUGAAGAUCCGAGCAAAGCAGAAAGUGCAGCUUGUGAAGCAGGGAUAGGCUUUUUUAAAUCUCUCAUUAAUGCGACGAAUAUGGGAAUGAGUCAGAUCACAUCGAUCGCCUACAAAAGCAGCCAGAUAAUCCAGGGCGACUCGGAUGGGUCACUCAACAUCAGGGAUGUGAAAGCACGCACAUCGCGGAUUGUCGGCAUGAAUCGAGGAGCCAUUCAAAAGAUGAAGUUCGCACCCAACAAAGGAAAUCUCAAACUACUCAUACUCUACGCUAAUGGAGUCGACAUUGUUGAUUUCAAACUGGCCGAUUGCAAACCGAUAGCACAAUUGAAAAGUCCUCAAGAUAUAGCCAAGAUAGUGGACAUUGGCUGGGCAUCGGCAGAUACACCAGUUCUAGCCACUGAAGACGGCUGCAUCCGAAUAAUGGACUUGAAACUGUCGAUAUGCAGCUCAGCAAUCGAUACGUAUGCAUUCGAAGAGCCAGUCAGCUGUGUGGCAUUCCUGGAGUGUGAGCUAGCUCAACGCAUGCAGCUAAUGUUGUCGGCGCCAUUUUGGAAAGCACCUGAAUCACUGCAAGUCACGUGUGCUGAUGGGUUCAACGAGGAGGAGGUGAAGCUUGCCAACCAACAGUUGACUAUGAUGCGCACUGAGAUAAUGAAGUGUGAUGGGGGGUUGAAGGUGACCGAUCGCUGCCUGAGGGCCGCCUGGUUGAUGGGUGAUCAGGCUUCCGUCGAUUUCUGGACGGUGGCCGACUAUUACAUCCGAGUUGCCGCCCUCGACAUUAACAAACCAAAACCAUCGAAAACCACCCUCUUCCACACGGAAUCUAGCUGCGCUCCCGAUCUGAAACGCACCCCCAACCCUGAACUGCCCCCCUUGGACACGUGCUACGAUGUGCUCUGUGACGCUUACUCCUAUCAGAAGCAGCAGUUGGAGAGGGUGUGGAUGUACGAGUGGAAGCGAGGCGACUACCAGCACACGAAGCGUGUUGUUGAGAGACUUAUAUUACUAGGCGAAACCGACAGAGCUGUCCAACUCCUGUUGGAAACUGAUCUCGAUAACCAUAACUACUACACGGAUGCAAUCAAGGCUUGCCUUAUAUCAACUAUUCAGUCCACUGGAGCCGCCCAGAGCACCAUCAAACUGGUCGCUACCAACCUGAUAGCUAACGGGAAGAUCUGGGAGGGUGUUCAACUGUUGUGUCUAAUCGGUAAAGGCCUUGAUGGGUGUCGUUACCUCAUGUCCUACAACGAAUGGCAAUCAGCUGUUUGGCUCGCCAAGUCCACUCUCUCCCCCGAUGAAACCUACGAGGUGGUCAGGAAAUUUUCCGAUCACCAGUAUACCAUCGGUCGUAAAAACCAAGCUGUUCUGUUGAUGCUGUCCAUGGGACGUUUUGAACGAGUGCUGGAAACUCUGCUGCUUUUAGGGCAGAAUGCUAACGCGGGUCUUUUAUUGCUGGCUUACCUGGAAUUUGCCGAGCUGAAGGACUCCAUUGAUAAGACUCUGAUCGAGACUGUUGUAUCGAGGUUCUGCAAUUACGCUGGUUCGAUGGGAUGUGACCUUGCCAGAGAUGCUAUGAAAACUCUCCUAUUAUCUGCUAAUUAGUAGGUAUAACCAUUUAAAUGACUAUAGUGAAUAAGAAUAAAAAUUAAGCUUGAUCUAUUUGUAUAUAUUAUAUAAUGUUGACUAAAAUAUUUUUCUUUAUUAAGCCAGUUACACACAAACCAGUUAUCGAUUUUUUGCCGUCCUUGUGAAUUCUAAUAGAUUAAACAGUAUGAUGUUUGUCAAGAUCCGUUCAGUCUGGUAGAAUUCAUAAGUACGGCAAAAAAUCUUACCUUCAAUCCAUGUGUGUGGUGUAACUGGCUUUACUAUAGUCAACUCCACAGAAAUGGUCCGAUCGAAAUUAACGUUGUCAUUACGUCAGGUGAAUUAUAAAAAUAUUAAUUCUCAUUAUUUUAUAAUCAGCUAUGGCAUAGCCACCUCUAAUACAAGGCCCUGGCCUACGAUAUUGCAAAAAGAUUUAUUGCAAAAAUCUUUUAAAAGAUUUUAAAAAAUACCAGCUGAUCUUUUCCACCAAUCAUGUAUUAGAUUCUAGGCCUACACUGCGACGUUGCAAUAUCGUGAGCCAUGGCCUUGUAUUAGAGGUGGCUAUGGUCAGUGUUGAUCAACUCUCAUUUGGCCACGUUGCACUCAUCUGUUAGAAUUUCCAUCGGACUAUUUUCGUGUGGUUGACUAUAAGGGCUGUUGUUAUAAACUAUUCUGGAAUAUUUCCUUGGCAAACCACGCAUUAGUUGCCUAGCUGGAACGAUUUUUGUAGCUGGCUGCUAGGCAAGCAAAGCGUGCUUGGAUAAGAAGUAUUUUUAAAAUAACCUUCUUAAUAAAACUGGAAAUAGCCUUAUAUUUAGAGUACCUAUUAGAAUAGGAGUUAUUAUACAGGGUGAUUCUUAAUUAUGGUAAAAUAAUUUAAUACGGGAUAGUAGAGGUAAAAAUAAUAAAAAAGUUCUCAUAAACAUAAUAUAUCCAUAAACGCUUCAUUAGAGAGCUAUACA